CCCAGCCUGCCUGCUGCAAGGGACACCAUGGUGUCCUCAUAGUCAGUUGAAGAGCUCACGGUGGGGAACGACUGUUUCCCGUUAUUUCUCGUGCUUCCCUUAUACUGCUUAUUCUACCGGCAAAGUUACUAUCACCCGUUCCCAAAUAUACUCGCUGAGACAGCUACGAACGCGACAUCGGCAAUUUAGAAAUACACUUCAUCAAUUAUGCCGUCAGAGUCGUUACCCGGUGUCGACUGCACAAGAACUGCAACCUCGGAGCCCCAACUGCUCGAGCUCGGCCCGGACCUCACCGUCUACGUCGGUGCCGAGCGCGACGCCCGUUUUAUCUACAAGGAGAUCUAUCAAGACCACUGUUACGACAUCGCCCCGUUGCCUUCCAACCCUUUUAUCGUCGACGCUGGAGCCAACAUUGGGCUCUUUACGCUUUACUUCAAGGCCAAGUACCCCGGUGCCCGCAUCCUCGCCUUCGAGCCCGCCCCCCUGAUCUUCGACCUUUACCGCCGCAACCUCGCCCUGCACAGCGUGCCCCUGGAUGACAUCGACGCCCACGCCUGCGCCCUGGGAGCCGAGCCGGCAACGUCAAAAAUGCUGACGUACUUCCCCAACGCCCCGGGCAACUCAACCUUUGUGCCGGGCGAAAAGGAACUGCUGCGCAAAGCCCUGCCGGCGGAGCAUUACCAACGCAUGAUCGACCGGUCGAGCGCGGGGGCGACCCAGGUUGGCGUUCCCGUCGAGAGGCUGUCACAUUUCCUGGACGGCUACCAGGAUUUGGAGCAGAUCGACUUCUUGAAAGUGGACGUGGAGAGCUGGGAACUGGACGUUCUGCUGGGCAUAGACGACCGGCACUGGGAGAUGGUGAGGAAUGCCGCAAUUGAAGUGUCAGAGUUGAGUGGUCUUCGCCAAGACAUUGAAGCCCUGCUGAGAGACAAAGGUUUCUCCGUGAAGAGGGAGCUGGCGGCUUGGAGCUAUCAGACGGCACCAACCUAUACUCUACUGGCGAGGCGUGACGCGGGCAUCAAGCACUGAGCCUUGACGAAUGAACCUUCACUCGAGAAGCCAGCUGACGCUGCUACUAAGGCGCAUAUUAUCGUCGUAUACAUUAGGAUAAUAGCACUGGAAGGACUGCUAUCCAUCCCGACUGAAUACAGGAAGAGAUCUUGAUUGCAG